UAAAAACGAGUGAUCCGAAUAAUUUUCUAUUCGAACAAGAGAGAAAAUAAGUAAUAUUGAUCGACAAAAAUUUGUUUGCGUUACGUGUUUCUAAAAUCUUCGAACGAAUCGAAACGAACGGAUAAUGCUUUAGAAUGUUGUCCUCUUCGAUAUCGGCUACUCCGUUCAGCGUGCGUGAUAUUCUUAACGAGGAUCAACAGUUUGCAGUAAUGGAGUGUUAUCCUCAUCAUCAGCAUCAACCUCAUCAUCAACAGCAACAACAACAACAACAGCAACAACAACAACAACAGCAGCAGCAAUCACAACCACAACAACAACAACCUCAUAUACCGCAGGAUUAUUACGCGUACAAUGUGGUGCCUGAUAAUAAUUGGGACACGGAGAAAUUCAAGGAACAAGGGGUGCCUGGUUAUUCUCAUUACUCCGAAUUAAAUCACGUACAUCAGCUGAGUCAAGUCGUCCCGCCUUAUCAAGAAACUCCUGUCACCGAAGAUGGGAACAUCGUGACGUCGAGUAAAACGGAAUUGCGAAAGAGUCAGUCUGGUAAAAGAACGAAAAGAAAACCAAGAGUAUUAUUUUCACAGACACAAGUUUACGAAUUGGAACAACGUUUCAAGCAACAGCGAUACCUAAGUGCACCGGAACGCGAAAUGUUAGCACAGAGUUUGAAAUUGACCAGUACUCAGGUGAAAAUCUGGUUCCAGAAUCGUCGUUACAAAAACAAACGUGCUAGGAUCGAGGAUGCUGAGAAACUUCAAGCACAGGGUAUUAAGAAUCAAUCGUUGAAGAAAAUUUCUGUGCCCGUUUUGAUCAAAGAUGGUAAACCGAACGUUCACGAGGCUUACAACGUACCGUAUUGGUCGAACGUUCGACCGGAUAUGUCGAUGAACAUUCAAGGAGACUUUAGAAGUUCCGAAUCGAUCGUCAGAUUGAGUCCAGAAUUCAGAUCAAGUUCCAACGAGAUGAGAAUUGAUUCGAAUAUCAGUCCUGAGUUCAGAAACGAUGUCAAUUCUGAUCACAACAAUAGACCUGUACUAAACGUCGACGUACAACAGAGACAACAAAUGUUGCCAAAUAACGAAUACAGAUCCAACUUCGUUUCGGAUAUUCGUCCUGGUGUUCACGAGUGUGUCAGAACGAUCAAGACCGAAUACAAAGGUACAACAAAUCCUGUUAACGAUCCUGUAACCUUUCCCGAUUUGAAAUGUGUACCGGCGGAUAACAAAAUGGUUGCUGAGUGUCGAGCUGGUAUCAUGGACGUCUCCAGUACCGAAUACGGUUUCACGAAUUAUAUCGGCCCGUUGAAUUAUCCAAUGCAAUACGUGAACACGAUCGACGCACAAAUAUCCUCCGGAAUUGAUCAAAAUCUUCAACGAUUGUGGUAGACAAUUGUAAUCAAAGAUUAACACGGUGAUUUUCUUCGACGUACGAACUUAAAUAAGUGUUUACAUUUUUUUAUUAUCGAAAACACAUCGACCAAUGGAAUCCGAUUUUCCAAUUAAUGAUUAAUGGUUAGAUUUUAAUAUUAAGGAAGAAGACGAAGACGGUAUUGGUGGAACGACGAAUCUACGAAAUUUUUCUUUUUCUUUUUUUUUUUUUCUUUUUUUUUUUUUUUGUUUUCGUUUGUCUUUCAGGACACAAAUCUUCACGGUCAACCAAAGAGGUAUAAAUAAUAAUUAAGUUUUACAGUUAGAUUACUUUCUAAACGUCAACACGUGUAAUUGUAGUUAUCACUAUAGAAAAGAAAAAAAAAGAAAAAAAAAGUUAAUUCAAGAAUUUAGUUAUUUAGUAGUUAUCGGCAGCUGUUCUGUUACUUUUUUUCUUUUUUUUUUUUGUCUUAUAGCUUUAGUUAGGUAAGCUUUUUUCUUCUUCCUCUGUCUCUCUCUUUUUUUCUCUCUCUUUCUCUUUCAUUCUCACUCACUCUCGGAGAAAUCCAAGGAUAGUGCCUUGAGUGGCCGCAACGGAAACCGCUUCAAGUGGUUUUUGCGGAAACAUUUAGCUCGAUAUUCCGCGUAACUCGCGUCCCAUCGUAAAAUUCUUUUUUUAGAUCAUUCAGAUCGUUCGAAGUGGUCCCAAAAACACCUGACCGUCACGAUCGUUAAAUAAAUAUAUCGAAGUAUCUUGAAAAUCUUGAAGUGAUCUCGUAUUUCGAAUUUCGUAGGAAGAAAAAGGUGGGAAAAGAAAAGAAAAGAAAAAAAAAAAAAAGAAAAAAGUAAAAAAAGAUCGGACGAUUCUCGAUCGAAAAAUUGCCACGAUAAUACACCUUCUCUCGUAUCUUAACAUAAAUUCAAGUUCCUAUCCUUCUUUUUAUCGUCCUUCAGGAUUUACGAAAGCAAUGGUUAACAUACAUACACACGUCCCACUUGAACUCGAUUAGCGUCACUCUCGGCUAUACACCUUCCAUCAUCCGAGAAGUGAUUUUCUUUUUUCAUCGCGAACUAUUAAAUUUUGUUUUUCACUCCUUAGACACAAACAUACAGACAGGCAUAGGAUAUACGUAGAUAUAUGUGUACGUAUGUAUGUACGUAUGUGUGAGCGUACGUAUAAAUAAAUUUAAGACGCGAAGAAGGGACAAAGAAUUAACAACGUUGAGAUAAAAAAUGUGAAGAUAGAAAGAAAGAAAGAUAGAAAGAAUUGGCGAUAGAGAAUUUAAUAGAAAUAAUAUGGCAAAACGGCAUUUAUAAAUAGGUGAGUUCUGACAGCUUGAGCUAAGCCAUGGGUGCCUUUUAGGUUAUCGCAUGAGCACGACGGGUCAUCUGGCAGUCAAGUGCCCCGUACGUAGACGACUUUACGUCGGUGUGCAUAACGUGAGUUCGUGUAAGAACUUGGUGCUCUCCUUGUAAUCGUGUUUCGUGGUGCUACCGACGCUAUAAAGGGCCAUGGGAACAUGCUGAUAAAAAUGUCAGUCUUAAUUUUAUAAAGAUCGAGCGCGAACCUUCCCACGUGAUCGUAAUCGUGACUUAUUAUAUGGGCUACGUAUCUAUGUAUGUAUGUAUGUAUGUACGUAUAUAUGUAUGUAUGUAUGUAUGUAUGUAUGUAUGUAUAUAUGUACUUAAAUGAAAGACAAACAGAUAGCGAUGAUUGUGUUGCGUUUCUAUCUUUCGAUUUGAAAAGAAAAAAAAAUAAAUAAAUAACAGGAUUAAGUUUGAUCAUAAUACCUUCGACUCGAUGUAAAAAAUGAUCUGUGUAAAUAAAAU